GGUAAUUUAUCCACCGUUAGAUGGGUCCGAGCAAACCGAUAAUGUGUUUUUAUAUUGACCCACAGUUCGAGCCCGAAUCCUCAGCGUUUGUUCGAUCCAACCUCACCUGCGAGAAACAAACCGACGUCGCCUUCCCAACUCUGCUGCCUCGUAGCGAUGGCGCCGAAACCGAUUGCCAGUCCCGUUCCAGACGCGUGGUACCCUUCCCUAUCGGUCUUCAUGCUCGCUAUUGGCCUCUUUGUCACCGCCUCGUUCUUUAUCUAUGAAGCAACCUCUUCCAGGCGAAACCGUAGUCUUACCAAGGAGCUUAUCACAGGAGCAGUGGCUUCUGUCUUCUUGGGUUUUGGGUCCUUGUUUUUGCUGCUUGCUUCGGGCGUUUAUGUCUAAUUUUUUAAUGUUGGACUGGAAAAAAUUUUGUCAAGCAGGAUUAGUUUUGCAUGGAGAUUGUGAAUUGACAUUGCUAGCUAGUUAAUUAUAUUUUGUGGUUUUUGGAAUGAUGACGAUUUCAAUCAAUUAUAUUGCUUAUGUUUUGUGUCA